UUUCUUUUGAGCUGAUUUCCUUUUUCUUUUAGAGUUCCAAAAAAUCUAUGAUGCUUUAGAUAUUUCCCUGAUAGAGAGAGGGGAAUCAUUCUACCAAGAUAGGAUGACUGAUAUUGUCAAAGAAUUUGAGGAAAAAGGAUUUGUGCAGGUGGAUGAUGGGAGGAAGAUUGUGUUUGUCCCAGAAAGCUCAGUUCCACUAACAAUAGUAAAAUCAGAUGGAGGUUAUACUUAUGAUACAUCUGACUUAGCUGCUAUCAAGCAAAGACUAAUGGAAGAAAAGGCAGAUAUAAUUAUCUAUGUGGUAGACAGUGGACAGGCUGUACACUUUCAGGCAAUAUUUGUAGCAGCUCAGAUGAUUGGAUGGUAUGAUCCUAAAGUGACCCGAGUAAGCCAUGCUGGAUUUGGCGUAGUGCUAGGAGAAGACAAGAAAAAAUUUAAAACUCGCUCAGGUGAUACAGUGCGCCUCAUAGAUCUGUUAGAGGAAGGACUGAAAAGGUCUAUGGAUAAACUGAAGGAAAAAGAAAGAGAUAAGGUUUUAACUCCAGAGGAAUUGAAGGCUGCUCAGACUUCGGUCGCUUUUGGCUGCAUCAGAUAUGCUGAUCUUUCCCACAAUAGGAUGAAUGACUACAUCUUCUCCUUUGACAAAAUGCUAGAUGACAGAGGAAACACAGCAGCUUACUUACUAUAUGCCUUCACUAGGAUAAGAUCUAUUGCUCGAUUGGCUAACAUUGAUGAAGAGAUGUUACAGAAAGCUGCUAAGGAAACUAAGAUCAUUUUGGACCAUGAGAAGGAAUGGAAGCUAGGCCGGUGUAUUUUACGUUUUCCUGAGAUUCUGCAAAAGAUUUUGGAUGACUUGUUUCUCCACACGCUCUGUGAUUAUAUCUAUGAAUUAGCAACCACUUUUACAGAAUUCUAUGAUAGUUGUUAUUGCGUGGAAAAAGAUCGCCAGACUGGUAAAAUAUUGAAGGUGAACAUGUGGAGGAUGUUAUUGUGUGAAGCAACUGCUGCUAUCAUGGCUAAAGGAUUUGAUAUCCUAGGUAUAAAACCUCUUCAGAAGAUGUGAUUAAACCUGUGUUUGAAACAUUUUGUUUUUUACAAAAAUGGCCAAUAGCACUCUGCUUUUUUAAAUAAUCAUGUGGAGAAGAUAUUUUAAAAAAUAAAGGGAAAAUGCAACUUUUUCUAUGAA